AUGAAGCAAAAGAGAGAAGAAAUAUUAAAAACUGAAGCUAAACUUGAAAGACCUACAAAAGAAACAAAUAUGAGAAGAGUAAAAAUAAUAAUUAGAGUUGAAAAAGAAAUUGGAGUUGCUCAUUAA